AUGUGGGGAAUUCGCACAAUCAUUCCACAGAACCUGCAUGCAAAGACCCUUCGUGCUCUCCAUGAGAACCACCCUGGAAUGUCCCGAAUGAAGGCUAUUGCCCGCAGUUACGUGUGGUGGAGUGGACUCGAUAAAGACAUCGAAAACCAAGCAAAAGCGUGCCUAUCGUGCCAGGAACAAGCCUCUAAACCUGCAGUAGCACCACUCCAUCCUUGGGUUUGGCCAAACAGCCCAUGGAAAAGGAUCCAUAUUGACUACGCUGGUCCAUUCUUGAACAAAAUGUUUCUAGUGGUUGUAGACGCUCAUUCCAAGUGGCCAGAAGUGAUUCAGAUGUCUUCCACUACGUCUCAAAACACGAUCGAGGCACUGCAAGCACUAUUUGCUCGGUAUGGACUACCAGAACAGAUUGUUUCCGACAAUGGUGCACAAUUCACAUCCCAAGAAUUUAGCGAUUUUGUUCAAGCCAAUGGCAUAAGACACAUACGAAGUGCUCCAUACCAUCCCUCCACGAACGGCCAAGCUGAACGAUUUGUACAAACGUUCAAAAGAGCCAUGAAAGCUGGAGAGAGAGAAGGACUGAGUUUGAAAACAAGAUUGGCUCAGUUUUUACUGUCAUACCGCUCAACUCCACAUGCUACCACUAACGUCUCACCGAGUGAACUGUUCCUUCAAAGAAAAGUACGUACACGAUUCGAUCUCCUCAAACCAAACACAGAGGGAAACGUAUCUGACAAGCAGAUGAAACAGAAACAGCAACAUGACAAACAUGCUAAACCAAGGACGUUCUCUGUUGGUCAACAAGUAAUGCUCAAACUUUUCCGAACAAACGGUACAUGGCUUCCAGGAAGCAUUGUACAACAGACAGGACCAGUAUCUUACAAAGUGGAAAUUGGUGAUGGCAGGAUACUACGUCGACAUAUCGACCACAUACGUGAUAGAACUCAUUCUCUUUCCACCACCGAGUCGUCACAAGACGAUAUAACAAAUCCAAACGAUUUCGACGAUACGGCAGCUCACAAGGAUUUGCAAGAUUUUGAAGUUUCCCCUGAUCAGUCAACUGAUCCGUCUCCGACCCCACCUGAUGAGUCACCCUCGACUGGUGCAUUAACAGCUCGACAAUAUCCGCAAAGAAAUCGCAACAGGCCUGAUCGAUAUGGUGGGUACACUAACAUUUAA